UCACGGAGGUUCCUUCCAAAGAUAGGAACUAGCCGCUACCGUGAGAUGAUAGUAUGGCUGUCCCUGGAAAAAAGAAACUUGUGGCGCAAGAAGAGCUGCGGAAAUUAAUGAAAGCAAAGCAGCGGGAAAGCUCUUCUAAAAAACGAAUAGAGUCUCCACUUGCUAAGUAUAACAGCCUUGGUCACUUGUCCUGUGUUGUCUGCAAUAGUCUAAUUAAAAGUGAGUUAUUGUGGCCAGCACACAUUCUUGGAAAGCAGCACAAGGAGAAAGUUGCUGAAUUAAAAGGCACCAAGGCUACCACAAGUAGUCCCUCAAAUACAAUAGAGUAUCCGCGCAUAACAAAAAGGAAAGGGUCCGAACCAGAGAAACAAGAGAGCAAACGAACUAAAGGCUCAGAAGACCAUCCAUCAGCUUCAACAACAAAAUUACCAGAAGAGUUUUUCGAGAAGGAAAAAACCUCAUCUGCAGGGAAUGCACCAAGCUUGAAAUUACUGGCAGGAGACUAUGAAGAUGUAGAUGAUGAUGAUGCAGAGGAGGGUGAAGAAUAUGAAAAUGCCAAAGAGGCAUCCUCCUCUCUACUGAAGCCAGCAGAAAUCCCUCUACCACCCCCUACAUCGAGUGCUGACAAUCUCCCAGCAGAUUUCUUUGAAAAUAAAAUGCCUUUGGUGUCUCACUCUGGGUCAGUCCUGAAAGCAGAUAUUCAAGAGAAGAUUGUUGAAAGGAAAGAAAAUACCGCUGAGGCUUUACCUGAGGGAUUCUUUGAUGACCCGGAAGUAGAUGCAAAGGUGAGAAAAGUUGAUGCUCCCAAAGACCAGAUGGAUAAAGAAUGGGAAGAAUUCCAAAAGGAAAUUCGUCAAGUUAAUACUGUCUCUGAGGCAAUUGUUGCUGAAGAGGAUGAGGAAGGAAGAUUAGAUCGCCAGAUUGAUGAAAUUGAUGAGCAAAUUCAAUGUUACCGUCGAGUUGAGCACCUGAGAGACCGCAAGGAUACCUUGCAAGAUGCUAAGAUGGAAGUUUUGAAGUCAAAAUCCAAUGAAAAAUGGCAGGAUGAGAUUGGUAGUGAUGAUGAAGAAAAAUUGCCAUCUUUACUUUACCAAAACUGGCGUGAAAAGGGGGCUUUCCAUUAACAUUGCCUAUUAAGAGAAAGACGUUUAUUGAUGGUAUUGGCUACUAUUUGGUGGAUUAACUUUGACACCAAUGAUUCAUAUUGUGAUGCCUAAGAACCUGCCUUGUUAUCUUGCAGUUAUGUUCUAGGAUUCGCAAGAGAUUCUUUAUGGAUUCUGCCCUUUGGGAGUUAUGUAAAAAUCCUACUAUAAAACUCCUUUUACAAUAUGUCUUAUUCUCUGUUAUUGGAAUUUAACCCAGUGUGGCAAAAAUAGCUAGUUUAUAAUACAUUAUGAUAUGCUGUCAUAAGAAUUUUUUUUGCAUUUGCUUUUUUUUUUUCAUUAGACUUUUAAAUACGUUUAGAAAAAGUCUUCCAGACAAAUAAGGCAAAAACAAAAUCAGUUCACAAAUAUCCUUCUUUUUACCAAACAUCAUACUCGCAUGUGAAUUCAUGUUUUUUUGAUGUUGAGUGCUAUAUUUUGUAAUGUAAUUAUUUUCUACUGGUGUGCUUCUGGUAUAUUUCUGUAAGUCUGUAUAUUUUUGUACAGUAAUAGGUUUUGAAAUAAAUAAUUCUAAAGCCU